GAGAGAGAGGGGGGGGUUGAGAGAAAGGAGGCAAGGGAGAGACAGUGAAAGACUGAUAGAAAAAGACAGACAGAGAGAGGGAGAGAGAGAGAGAGAGAGAGCGGAGUAGACACCACCCACACACACACACACUGAGAGAUAGAUAGGCCCAGAGGCAUCACAGCAUAGGGAGAGAGGGAUAGAGAGAGAGAGAGGGAGUUAGAGAGAGGCAGCAUGUUGUCUGUGAGCUGUGUGGAGCCCUGGCCGGAGGGCUGCUGCGUGGGCCUGGAGGAGGAGGUGGUGACGGCCGCAGCCCAGGCAGAGGAGCUCGACCACCAGGAGAGCGCCCCCUGUGGGGCCGGAAGAAACACCAGCACCAGCAACAACACAAGCAACACCCCCACUAGCGUCAGCACCAGUGGCUCUCUGUGCCUGGACGACAGCCUGACCAGCCUGCAGUGGCUUCAGGAGUUUUCCAUAGUCAGCGCUCCUCCACCAUCGCACGCAUCACUGGCCUCCCACCACCAUGGAGCGCUGUCCGUGUUUGGCCAGCCGCAGCACCAGCCGCUCCUGGGCCUGAUGGACGCCCCCUCUUCCCCCCUUGCCGGAGACCCUGCCUCCACCAGCGCUUUCCCCCUCACACCAGGUAAGCCCACGGCUGCUGCCUUCUACCGAGCCCCCCUGGCUGGGCUGAUCACCCACGGCCACUGCCCCGACGAAGUGGACUACCGCACCAACCCGCACGUCAAGCCGCCCUACUCCUACGCCACGCUCAUCGCCAUGGCCAUGACGGCCACCAGGGGGAGCAAGAUCACCCUGUCCAGCAUCUACAACUGGAUCACCGACAACUACUGUUACUUCAAACACGCCGACCCCACAUGGCAGAACUCCAUCCGCCACAACCUGUCCCUGAACAAGUGCUUCAUCAAGGUCCCGCGUGAGAAGGACGAGCCGGGCAAGGGCGGCUUCUGGCGCAUCGACCCCCAGUACGCCGAGCGCCUUCUGACGGGCGCGCACCGCAAACGCCGCCUGCCCCCCGUGCGCAUCAACCCGGCCCUGCAGGCCCGCCUCAGACCCCCCGUCACCGCGGCGACGACCUUUGACCACCCCACCACCGCGUUGACGUCUGACCUCUCGGCAGGGGGCGUGAUGAGCGUCAACGUGAGCGCUGAGUCCCAGCUGCUGCUGCAGGAGUUUGAGGAGGCGACAUGUGAUUGGUCAGGGUCGGGGGAAGGGGCUGGGUUAAGGUUAGGAGGCGGGGAGGGCCCACAGGUGUCCAGGUACGAUCCUCACCUGACGGAGACCACCAGAGGCUGGGCGGGGGCGUCCGGCAGGGCUGGGGGAGGGGGACGUGGAGGAGGGACGCAGGGACCAAAGAAGAGGAAACAGCCGGCAGUGUCCAGGAGCAGAGCCGCUAUUGGCCCGGGGGCCCUAGGGGCGGGGUCGUGCGACGGAGAAGGUGUGGCCAAGGCCCCGCGGCGGUCGAGCUCGCCGCUGCUGUCGGCCGAGGAGCAGCGCGAACUGGGCGCGCUCAAAGGCAGCUUCGACUGGGACGCGCUGCUGGACCCCUCCCCCGCCCUCUCCCCGGCCCUCUCGGCGGAGCUCAGCCUGGACCAGGAGGGGGCGCCGCUGGAGGGGGGGCCACUCACGCUCACGCUCAGCCCCAUAGUGCCCCACCACCGGGACUGCCUGGCCUCCGCACUCCAGGAAACACACGACCCCCAUCUGCAUCAGCACCUGGACCUGACGGUGCACGGCACCCACAUCUCCAUCAGCUCACCACCUCCCCUGCUGGCUGGAGGCGGCAUGGCAGGCUGCGUGGAGUUGGGAGGGGUGCAGAUUCUUGAGCAGGGGGCCCUAGAGGAGGAGGAGGAGACGUACCUGGCUACCGCCUUCCUCCAGGGCCGCUGGGGCGAGGAGGAGGAGGAAGACGUCACCGCGGCGAACAGGGGCGGGGACUUCCUGUGCGCAUCCUCCGUAUCCAUGGAGACGCUGUUGGACGCUCUCGGAGCCGACAUCAGCUGUUAAGACAGACCGACACACCCCACUGUGAUGGAGAAGGGGGGAGACAGUGUGGAGAAGAGGAGGAGAGAUUGAGCUAUCGAGAUGAACUGCUUCAACUGUGGUAGGGAGAGGUAGAAGGAUGGAGAGAGCAGAAGGAAAGGUGGACAAGCAGGAGGAGAGGGAUGGAGGGGGA